CCACCGCCCCACGUCAUGACCAAGGGCGAGCCUCCCAUGUUCCCUGUUGGCGGUGGCCCCAUGAUGGGAGGCCCUGUGGGCUACGGGCCUCCUAUUGGCCCCAUGGGCCCUAUGCCACACCCCGGUUACGGCCCCCCAUCCGGAGGGGGUUGGAAUCACGAAGGGGGCGAUGGGGGGCGUUUCAACUGGAGAAGAGGGGGCGGACCACGGGGUCGAGGGUGGGGUCGUGGGGGGCGGCCCCCCAGCAAGACCCCCUGCCGGCAUUUCCUGAAGGGGGGCUGCAGAAAUGGCGACGAGUGUGGCUUUGCUCACACCAUGCCAUGAUUGGCUGCCUCAGCGCCACUGCAUCUCUUGGCAGCCAAUCGCAAUGCAUUUGACCAGGCAUGCGUGCUUCCUAUUGGUCAAUUGCUGCAAUUAAAAUUGAUAAUGUAUAACAUGAAUUCCACUGCCAUCUGUAAACUGUAAAGAUUGCAUUGAUAUUCAAUCUGUGUCUUAAAAUUCUUCGGUUUCGUGGCAUUACUGAAUGAUGCUUUCUUCUAAGCAAUAGCAUUUUCACCAUGGCCUUUCAAAUCAAAUGUUAACACUCCCUUUAUUGAAGAAUUUAUAGCCCAUGGGAUAUAAAUAUUUACUCUUAUAACUCACUGGGUGCCAUGAUAAGGCUUCCGUGAUUGGUCAACCGCAAGGAAGGAUGCCUCUGAUUGGCUCUCGAUUCUCAUGAGAUCUUUGUAGUAGAGUGUAAGAAAUAAGUCGAGUCUGUGAUAUUUUACUGCUGUAAAGCUUCUGUUUUUCUUCGUUACUGUUGCUUCUGACGUCACUUUCUCAUGAUGACGUCACUCGAUUUGUUCACAGUUGUGUUCGUAUUUGAGAAUAGAUGAGAUAAUAACCUUAUCUUGUACAACAUGAUAAAUAAUCACACUUGUCUACACAUUAUCGUAUCUGACGUGUUAAAUCAUAGGCGACAUCUCCAUGCUACGGAAGCGGUUAUCUUCUCACCAUGUCCGAAUACUUUCCUGUCAUUGGCCAGAGAGGUUCCAACUAGGAAUAAUCGACUUAGUUUAUCAUUGGCCAGAGAGUUUCCAAUUAGGAAUAAGCGACCUAGUUCAUCAUUGGCCAGAGUUUCCAACUAGGAAUGACUGACAUAGUUUAUCAUUGUUCAGAGUUUCCAACUAGGAAUGACUGACAUAGUUUAUCAUUGGUCAGAGUUUCCAACUAGGAAUAACUGACCAAGUUUAUCAUUGGCCAGAGAGUUUCCAACUAGGAAAACCCGACCUAGUUUAUCUUAGGUCAAAGAGUUUCAACUAGGAAUAAAUUAUCUAGUUUAUCAUUGGCCAGAGAGUUACCAACUAGGAAUAAACGUGCUGGCUCAUCAUUGGCCAGAGUUACCAGUUAGGAAUGACCGAGCUAGCUCCUUGCAUUGAUAGACCUAUUUAGUAUAUUCAUUAAAAUAUUUACUUUUCUUCUAGGCUGAAACAUUUUCUAGUGGAAAUAUUGUAUGUGAACCGUUAUAUUUCAUUGGCUAGAUGGGAAUCAAGUUGAAUAUUAUGCAGUAAACCGUGCCACCUUAUUGGCUGGAAGGUUGCCUACUAGGAAUAUUAAACAAUGUUUAUUAUAAUGUCAGUGGCUAGAAGGUAGUCGGAUGGAAAUAUUAGGAAGUCAAUCAUUUAAUUGGUUAUUAGUUGCCAUGUAGGAUUUAUUUUGUAUUAACUUGCGAUUCACACACAAACAAAACUUUAUUAUCGUUGUUAUUGCUGAUGCUGUAACUUGUAUAUUUUAAAGUGUAAAUAUGCAGAUUAGGUUAAGGAUCAUGGACGGUAUGGUGGCCUUUGUAGAUAAUUCACAACAGUCAAAGUACGACAACGGAACGACGUUUUUCGAAUCAUUCGUUUGGCUCCAAACGGGCUGUAUUGUACGUUUGGAUCAUGCAUUCUUGAAAUAAUAUGCACAGUUGUAGUAAAUAAGGCUUGCUCAUUCAUAUUUCAUGAACAUAUUAGGUUCAUGUUAUUUGUUUUUAAUAUGACAAUUUAAGCAACUUGAGGGCAGCAUGAAAAAUACCGAUGCAUGUAACUUGCGGACGCCAUCCUAGGUUGCGCCAUUAGAACAAACCUUAUUUUAAUCAACGUGUUUUGUUUACGUUUUGAAAGCAUUAUUCGGAAUGUCGUCUGUAGUACCAAGCGUGUAAGGCUGUUGAGGUAAUAUUAGCUCGUUAUUGCCAGUAAUUGCAGUAUAAAAUUCAGUAUAAUUGAUUGAAAUUCAAAGAAAGACUGCUGUAUCGGGAUGGAAAAUCCUCUAUGGAAAAGAAAAAUCUAAAAGGCAACUCGAUGAAAGAUGGCUUAGUCGAUACUAAAAUAAAAACGUUUCUUUGUUGACUCGUUUUACAGGAAAACGUUGUUGAGUUACCCCUCUCCCACCCGUGUAAAUAAAUGAUGAUGACGUCUGUCAUCGUCAAAGGAAUUGUCAACAACGACGAUGUGCCGAAACGCUUGUUGAAAUGGUUACCCAUUCGUUAGAGUAAAGAAAACGAUGUCCUGGGCGAUUAGAAAACGGGCGAAUUUGAGGGGUGACUGCUUUAUGCAGAUGUGUUGUGUGACUCUUGUACGUUGUGGGAACAAGGUGACCUGCGGGCUGUAUACGUAAUACGGUGAUGCCACGUAUGUUGCGUACAAUGUACAGUCAUGUCACGCAAACUAUAUACGUAAAACGGUGACUUCACGCGGGUUGUUCACGUAUAACGGUGACGUCAUGCAAGUUGUUUACGUUGUACGUUGACAUCACGCAGGUAACAGGAUGUUUACGUCACAGGUCUUACCACUUCGUCAAUCUAGUGCCCCCUUAUCUCUGUAUUAAGUUGUAUAUUGGCUGCGAUGCCAACCGUUAUCUUUCGCCAUUUGAUUUAACAUUAAAUGAGUUAACCGAGUCACGUGUGUGUUGUGUGCUGUGUUUGUUUCUCAUGUGCAGACAUGUUUGUUUGGCUGCUGGAGCACCGCCAUGUAUGUAACUAUUUUUCCUAAUAUACUUUGUACGAAA